UGGAGACUUGCAAAACUUGAGCAGCGAGUCUAUUUAAAAGAGGAAGCUGUGUCGUUCCCUACCUUAUACUGUCUCUGACCACAUGGCAUCUCCAUUUCAUGAGAGGUGAGACCUACGCUGUCCCCGGAUGCACACAGGACUUUGCUGACAUAGCAGGGACAAUGGAGGCUUUGAUGGCUGGGACUGAGAUAGUGACCAUGGAUGAGUCUGUCAGGACCACGCUAUUUGACUACGAAUUAUCCCCGCCGUGUGAAAAAAUCAAGGUCAAGGAGCUGGGCGCCCGCCUCCUGCCCCCACUGUAUUCCCUGGUGUUUGUGAUUGGUCUGCUGGGCAAUGUGAUGGUGGUGGUGAUCCUCACAAAAUACAGGAGGCUCCGGAUCAUGACCAACAUCUUCCUGCUCAAUCUGGCCAUUUCUGAUUUGCUCUUCUUGUUCACUCUGCUGUUCUGGAUUCACUACAGCAGGUGGAAUGAGUGGGUGUUCGGCCACUUCAUGUGUAAAUUCCUCUCCGGGAUUUAUUACAUGGGCUUGUACGGCGAGAUCUUCUUCAUCAUCCUGCUGACCAUAGACCGGUACCUGGCCAUCGUCCACGCCGUGUUUGCCCUCCGGACCCGGACUGUCACUUUUGGUGUCAUCAUGAGUGUCCUCACCUGGGUCCUGGCAGGGGUAGCAGCCCUGCCUGAGUUUGUUUUCCAUCAGUCCCAAAAGGACGUGGAACAGUACAUCUGCUUGCCUUUUUACCCAAGAGGCCAAGAAGACAACUGGAAGCGUUUCCAUGCUCUGAGCAUGAACAUCCUUGGUCUGGCCCUGCCUCUGCUCAUCAUGGUCAUCUGCUACUCAGGAAUUAUUAGGACACUGCUGAGAUGCCCCAAUAAAGCCAAGUACAAGGCCAUCCGCCUCAUUUUUGUCAUCAUGGUGGUCUUCUUCAUGUUCUGGACCCCCUACAACCUGGUCCUCCUUCUCUCUGCUUUCCAAACGAUCUUCUUUGAGGUCAGUUGUGAGCAGAGCAAACGGCUGGACGUGGCCAUGCAGGUGACAGAGGUGAUUGCCUACGUGCACUGCUGUAUCAACCCCAUCAUCUACGCCUUCAUUGGGGAGAGGUUCCGGGAGCACCUUGGCCACUUCUUCCGCAGGCAUGUGGCCACCAACCUGAACAAAUACAUCUCGUUCCUUCCCAGUGAGAAGUCAGACCGAGCCAGCUCUGGCUCCCCAUCAACGGGGGAGCAGGAGCUCUCGUUUGUCUUUUAGGCCAGAUGCAGGAAAUUACCUGAAGUGGACGCAUUGGACGGAUGAAGGGAACAGGUCAGGUCAAUCACAUUGACCUUAAUGCCAGCCCUUUGAACUUCCAGCUCAAUCCUGAUACUUGUAAAGAGAUUAAAGUGUAUACACAAUGGGGUCGGCAGACCUGUGUGCCCCGGGCAUUAACAGGGAUCACUGGCGAAUCAGUUCACUUGCUGUCCACACCAGAAAGCAGAACUUUGCUUGGUUCUCAGAGUUACAUGCGAUGUAAUGUACCCAAGUGUUAGCUAGUCGCUAUAUGCAGCCACAAACAAGUAAAUCAGUCUGUAGUUUAAACCUUAACUUUAGCCAGCUGUUGCAUAAAUGAAACAUAUUUCACAAAAUACAAUAAAUCAGUCACAAUACUUUU